AUGGUUGCCGACGCCCUCGUUUACCACCCUGCGCUGGCGCACUGGCUGCGCUUCGUCGCGACAACUGUCGGCCGCGAUAAGAUCCUCCGCACCGUGCAAUACUUCUCCCGCUUCUACGCGUGGUACCUCUAUCGAACCAACAAGCCGCAGGCCUCGAUCGACCCCUACAAUGCCGUGAAGAAGCAAUUCGGCACGACGCGCAAGAUCAUGCGUAUCGGCAAAUUCCUCGAGCACCUCAAGGCUGCCGCCGUCGCCUUCGACAACAAGAACCCCGUUGACCCGGUCCUCAAGUACCUGGCCAUCGGUCGCCAGCUCGGCUAUGCUGGAUACCUGACUCUUGACGCAGUCACCAUCAUCGAUGUGAUCGGCAUUCGGAAGCUGGCUUCCGCAAAGAGACUCCAGGAGUCUGCUUACCGCUCUUGGGCAGCGGGUCUGAUCUUCAGUGCCGUGGCUGGUGUCUAUACCCUUGUGCGUCUGCAGGAGAAGGAGAAGACCAUCGACCGCAAGGAGGGUGAGGGCGUUGUGGAGGCGAAGAAAAUUGAAAAGGAGCGCUCUGCCGCUCGCGUGCAACUUAUCUCCGAUGUCUGCGAUCUUGCCGCACCCUUGUCCGCUGUCGGUAUCCUGAACCUCGACGAUGGUAUCGUCGGUAUUUCUGGUACCGUCAGCAGUUUGAUUGGUGUCUGGUCCCAGUGGCGCAAGACCGCUUGA